AUGGAAGACACAGAUAGCUCUGAAUUUAAAGCCACUAACAAUAUCAGAGAUAUUAGCUCAUUUAAGCAAUUAAGAAGAGUAAACCUUGAUCUUGAGAGCCCAAGAUUGGAGCAGGCAUGCUUCAAGCUAGGAAUAAAGCCAGAAGAACUCUUGCUAAAGGAGAAAUCUGAAUUUGAGAAUAAAAAAUUGCAAAAAGAUGUGAUUGAUCUUAGAUAUAAACAUUUCAUGGCUAGGCUUAUCGAUACUAUCAACAGAGUACUUAAAGAAAGAAGGGAAAUCAUUUUAAAGGAGAGAAAAUAAGCAAAAAGCUGGAACAAGUUCUCAUAGUGGAAAAUAUAGUCCUAAUUAUUCACCAAACUUAGUUCACAAGAGGAGAAGUGGAUCGGUAGAAAUGUCCAAGCCUAAUGAAGAUUUAAUGAUGUCCACACAGCCAAUUCUAAACAGAUUCGGCUUGCCUGAAUUAAAAGUAAGCCAAUCAAUCCAAAGAGUGAGGGAGAAGAAGACUAAAAUUUUCCUGAUGGACGACAAUAAAGGUAAGAAACGAGUAGAACAGUAUCAAAAAUAAAUGGAAAGAUGCUCAAAAGCAGAAGAAUAAGAUCCUUAAGAGCCAUGUUGACAAGAUCCAACAAAAAGAAAAGAAGAGGCUAGAAUCUCUCCAAAAGUACCAGCAGAUUGAGAAAGCUCACCAGAGAAGAGCUAGGCAAGAUCAUAAGAAAUAUAUUGAGAGGUGAAAACUAAAGGAAAUCAACAGAAAGGAAAAAGAAAAGGAACGAUAUCUCAAGCUUAAGAGACAAGAAGAAGAGUUUAAAGAGAAAUAGAGACCAGAUUGUUACCAUGAAGAAAGAAAAAGAAAUAGAGGAAAUAGAGAGAUCUGAGAAACUGCUAUCAGAAAUAGUUGACAAAAUGAACUCAAGUGUACAAAAAGAGAAAAGUCUUCUAGAGAGUACCAAGAAAAAGGCCAAGAAGUUCAAUGAUAUUGCUACUGACAGAUUUAUUCACCACAAGAAGAAGGAGACCCUGACUAAUAAGCAAAAGAAGGAAAAAUUGCUGAGACAAGAAUUAAAGAAACUUAAGAAAAUUAAUAAUCUCCACAAGAGUUGUACUGAUCUUUGGGACUCUAUUAAAAAGAAGCACAACGAAAAAUUUGAACAUAUCAAGAGCAACAGAGCAAAGGUUGGCAAGAUGAAAAAGAAGAGGAUAAACCAACUAGUCAGAAAUAAAAAUAAAAGCCAAGAGGUUAUCUCUGAGCAUAUGAGGAAAGUCCAGCAUGAUAUAAUGCUUAAGCAAGAACUACGCAAGCUUAGAGAACAAGACAUACAAUUGACAAUAGAAAGGAAUAAAAGACUUGUGGAUAUCAAAAAGGAAGAAAUUAUAGAGAAGAAUCUCAAGUCAAGCCAAGUAAUCCAAGAUGUUAAGAAUGCAAGCCAAGUUAUUCAAAAGAAGAUUGUAGAGAAUAAUGUUAAAGAGCUGACAAGAAAGAGGCAAACUUUCAUGACAUAAUGUAUUUUCAACAA